UCGUCGCCUCCUCCUCCUCCUCCUCCUCCUCCUCCUCCUCUUCCUCCUCAGUCUUCGUCGUCCUUCUUGGCCGGCGCCCAUCGAAAGCGUUCUGCGUUUGCCAGUGAAGUGAGUGUGUAUGUGUGUCUUGGGGUGGCAGAGUGCCUAAGCCGCCCCCUGCCCCCUGGCCCCGCCUCUUCAUGCCACGAGGGCGCCGCGAACUGCUUGUCAGUCGCUACACGGCCUCCAACACACGUGACAUUCGCCCGUCCACAGGUCACGUCCCACACACGCCCGGAAUACCGCCCGCGACACUGUGAAUGUGUGUGUGUGUGUGUAUGUGACACCGACGACUAUCACGCACGUCGGGCACGCGCCGUGCCACGUACGCCACGCACUGCAAACCUGACCUGGGCAUGAGCGCUGAUGACGCGAACUUGAGCUGGUAGUUGUAGUUUGUGGUGAUGCCCGCCCAGUCAACGAGACACGUGUUUCUGUGUUGCUUUCGCAUCAAGUGGUGAUCGGACGCCCUUGGGAUAACAACAGCUAGGCCAGUGGCCUUGUUGUGACCCCUUGACCCUCCUCGUGCUCCCUCCUCCGUCAUUCCCUCCAUCACUCCUACCCCUCUCCAGGCCAGUACGAGACCUUUGCACAGGUGCCAGUUGGUUGAAACCACAUGCGUAUUUGACAUCUUCAUUGUGGGGUACUCGACCGGAAAUAAACUAAUCAUUUGACCUGGAAUGCAAGUGAGAAGGAGGCAAGUAAGACAAGAAGUGGAUAUCCAGAAUAUGUUGCUCCUGUUUCCAUUAGGAAGUGAAAUAUUAUUUUGAAUUUAACGAAAACUCUGAUACACUUAGCUACAGUAUAACAUUUUUUUUUUUUCAAUAAAUAGAGAUUGACCCUUGGAGGGUAAGUUGCCAUGAAAUUCGCAGUGAAAAGGAAUUGCUCCAGCGCCUUAGAAAUGACGUAGUCCUUGAAAUUCCAGAAUUAGGGCAUCGAAUAUGCUCCUUAUACUAAACAGCAGUUUCUACUCGAAUGGCGUCAUAAAGCGUGAAUGAGGAUCUACUCUUUUCGUUUUCAUCGCCAUCGGGAACAUCAUCGAAGCGGAGCUCAAUGCGCUUCCCAGAAGAGAGACAGAGAACAGUUAGGAAACGUGUGGCACCAGAAGUAGUCAAUUGGUACCCCAGGUAACAAAAGGUGGCGGUGGUGUUAUUAUAGAGCAGUGCAUCAGGCUAUAAAACACCGUGAACAGCAGUAAAACGUUUCCGCUUAGCGUCCUUCACUACACCACUUUCACGGCCCCCGAGAAAAGAAGAGGAGGAAGAAGAGAAGAAAUGACCAGCUCGUAAAACCUGAAGAGGAAGAAAGGAAGUCUUGCUAUGCACCUGUAAGGGCUGCCGAUGGGGCUCAUUUGGUCUUCUCUUCCCGCUUCCCUUCGCCAGGCGUCAUUUUUACCUUCAUCUCCGCCGUCGAUAUUGUGAACAGGACACGAUUUCCUCGUAACUCACUAUGCAGUGCAGUCCGUGGUCACCACUGCAACGUUGUUUCAACGUCACGUAAAAUUGUCAGGUUUUUAUGUGAUCAUUUGACAUCACUGACAUAAAUGGAUGUGCAACUUUUACUGAGAGGUGGAUUUUCUUCGCAGAGAGAUCUGUUCCACAGAAAAGAUUGAUAUGAGAGAAACGAGACAGCUGAGAAAAUUCUUGCAAUAAUUCAAGGUGCAAUUAACUCCUCUCCCAAGAGGUUUGCGAUAAACUCCGCGGAGUUUUUUCGCCAGGGAACACCGCCCUCCAUUCAGUCCAGCGAAGCAAGUAGAUAGACAUCUAAAGUAGGAAACCUGUAAUCGUCUCUAAUUCGUAACGCUGAUUUCUCUCAAAUUAGGCGUCUCGUGUCCUUUGCAAGCGAGAAACAGACGACAUAACCCGUGCUUCCUUUGGUGCGUCAAUUCGAGGUGAGAAUGACAGAAAUAGCAGUGUCUUAGAGAAGAUAGUCGUCUGUAAUCGAGAGGACUUGAAAAAAGCGAGGAACAAUAGCAGUUACCUGUUUAAACGGUCCAAGAGACACAGUCACCCAGGCGUUACGCAGACCCGAAAGACAGACUCUCGGUGACGCUAAACAUACGCACACACGCGGUCGCCGGAAGAAGACCAUCCCCUUCCAAGUGGCAUUUAGCGUAACUCGCAUUGUCGGGUUUUGAUUCGGAGAGGAACCGGCGUGGCUUAAGGAACGGAAGAAAUGUGCUCACCACUUCGAAUUGUUCUGUAACCCUCAACUCUGAAACGGACUUGGUUAAUAAUUCACUCCGACUUAUGACGUGAUUUGUCAGUCUCCGUCACAUUUUACGAAGAAAGGGGCGAUUCUUAUGGUGUGGUGUCAUUUGUGUUGGUACUCAUAAAAACUGGCGUCCAUAAUACAGGCUACUUGGAGUGAUUUAGUCCAUGAGUUUUAACCGGUGAUUAGAUAUUUUUAUGAGAUUCUGUGUUCAAGUUUUGUCAGAUCAUUUGAUCGCUUAAUAUACAGACCAAACCAAAGAAAACUUAGUCGUCUGUUCGGCCAACCUUCUCUCUGCUGGUAACCAAGGUGUUACUGGCAUUUUAAGAAAAAGAAAAACUCGAAUAGAAUAGGGAGUGUUUUUUUCCCUCUUUCUUGUGUACUGGAGUUUUCUAAGGCCUUAUAAGGCUGACGUUUUUCCACGGGAAAUAGAAAAAUAUCAAGAUGGCCGAUUGGUACGGUUCCAGGGAACAGCUCAUGUCCUUGCAUGGACUUGACACAGCGAUGCUGGGUUAUGGAAUGGGCGCAGCGGCGUUCACGCCCAUACAACCUGAGGCUUAUUCUCACGCCCAUGCCCAUGCAGCAGCUGCGGCCGCCUAUAACUUUCAGCGACAGCCUUCGGUUACUCCAGGAUUCGCACAUUCAUGUUUCGCCCCCGAACAACAAUGGCGACAAUUGCCAGACGGAAGCAUCUUAGAGCUGCGGAAGGAGAAAUCCAGAGACGCCGCUCGUUCCAGAAGGGGGAAGGAAAACUACGAAUUCUACGAACUGGCAAAGAUGCUCCCUCUACCUCCCGCAAUCACCUCCCAGCUGGACAAAGCUUCCAUAAUUCGUCUCACCAUUUCCUACCUCAAACUACGUGAUUUCACACUACAUGGAGACCCGCCGUGGCCCCGAGAUCACCAUUCCGGUUCGAAGACUCUUAAAGCUGGAGGCAACAUCAGACCGCGCACGAUGUCCGGGAUGACGAUGGACAUCUUCGAGACUCACCAGGGCACCCACAUCCUCCAGAGCCUCGACGGCUUCGCCUUCACCCUGGCGGCGGACGGCCGCUUCCUAUACAUCUCGGAGACCGUCUCCAUCUACCUGGGACUCUCGCAGGUCGAGAUGACAGGUAGCAGUGUCUUUGAUUACAUCCAUCAGCAGGACCACCAGGAACUGGCAGACCAGUUGGGUCUGACUCUAGCGACGGGGCAGUCUCUACCCUCACCCUCCUCUCUCGGGUCAGAGGAAGGACCAGCAGGGUCACAGGGCACCAUGAACCCUGACGUGGCGACGUGUAUGGCCAUCACCAGCACCUCCCAACACAAAGGCUACGACCGCGCCUUCUGCAUCAGGAUGAAGUCGACGCUGACGAAGAGAGGCUGCCACUUCAAGAGUUCGGGAUACAGAGUGGUGCUGAUACUAGGACACCUUCGACCUCAGUACGUCUUCAGCCACUCGAGAAAGAACUCGACUACCCUGAUGGGCUUGGUGGCCCUUGCUAUCGCGCUGCCUCCCCCUUCUGUCCACGAAGUGAGAUUAGAGUCGGAUAUGUUCGUCACCAGGAUAACCUUUGACUUCAGAAUAGCGCACUGUGAGCCCAAAGUUGCAGAUUUACUGGAUUACACGCCGGACGAACUGCAAGGAAGGUCCCUCUACUCCUUGUGUCAUGGCCAAGAUGUAGAGAAGUUGCGGAAAACUCACGUUGAUCUAAUUGAGAAAGGCCAGGUGAUGAGUCCAUACUUCCGGUUACUGAACAAGACUGGAGGCUACACGUGGAUGCAAACUUGCGCCACUGUUGUUAUCAACAACAAAAAUGGAGACGAACAAAAUAUCAUUUGUGUAAAUUAUAUCAUUAGGUAUGGAAGUGGUACAGAGUAUGACACCUUAGUGAUGGACCAAACUCAGCUAGAUCCUGCCCUGGCCAACAUGAAGAGAGACGAUCUUGACUACACUAAUCCAGCAACACCCGAGCCAUCCGAAGGAAGUUGUGGUGUUGUGGGUGAAGAGAGCAGCAGUUCUCCAAGAUCAACAGCCAACACCACGGGGGGAGGAGGUGGUUCAAUAGGUACUCGUUCCCCCCCAACAGGCGGACCUACAGAGCAGAUCUCAACGCCCCUACGAGGUACUCCCAGUGUUCCCUUAGACGGGGCUCAAAUUAAAACGGAGGCCCCUGGCGGCCUAUUGACUCCGAUGGGGAAUGCUGACGUCAUCGAGGAUUCUCGGGCAGGAUGUGAGAGGCCUCCCUCUCCAGGACGUGUCUCGGCUCCACCAGUAUCAACACCUGGCACUCCUCACGCCAGAGCAACUCCUAUGAUGACCACACCCAUAGAGUCUUCUCCAAGUGCAACAACAGUUGUACCCCCAAGUCGUAGUGAUGAAGGUGCUGUCAGAGAUUUAGAAGCAGCAAUGACACGCCACUUACCAGAUGAUACAACUGAUUUCUCCACAGAUGCUCUUUUGAAAGGAGGAGGAACAUCUACUGCUAACACAGGAACAGGCCAGAGAUCCACUAUACAAUGGGUUGGGGGUACUAGUGCCCAACAAGGUUCAUCCCUUCCUGCUUCAACACUCCUCAGACAGCUAUAUGCAAGUAGGGAAAGUGUCAUUCGUUCAUCUGUGCAAAGAUCAUAUUAUUCAGAUGUUGGCUCAGCAUUGCCUACUCCUCCUGGAUCAGAGAGUUAUCAAGAUUCUAUGUUUGGGAAAGGUCAUGAUUUUCCAUACCCAGGUGGUGGUUUGACUGGCUCAGGUUACCCAGAUUACCAUUCAGCCAUGACUCCUCCAUCCAGUGUUUCCCCCCGUGAAAAGAUGGGUGGAGAUUGUGGUGAUCUAAGAGCUAAUUCAGGAUCCUAUCUUGCUGAUGGAGCAGGUGGCAUGCCAGCACAGCCAGUACCACUAAAACCUCAGCUAUAUUCAUAUGGAUCUUCAGGGGUACCAUUAGACUCUUCAGCAUAUUCUGCACCUCUUACAGACCAGGCAGGGCUUUAUACUCCAUCAAGUUUCCACCUUUAUCAUGCAAAUACUGCAAAGUCUACACCAUCUUAUGAUGGGCUACGUGCAGGUGGUUCUUGGUAUGCACCAUCUUCAUAGCAACAGUAGUGUUAAUUUUCAUUUAUCCAAAAUGUUUGGCUUUUUCAGAAAAUGCACUUUAUCCUGAUCUGAAUAUGAAUAUCAGAUGCAAUAUGCCAGUGUGGUUGUCUCAAAAAAAUCUUGGCUGGCAGUUUUGAUGGGCAGUCACACUUUGACAUUUGCGAGUUAGGAGGAUGUGGUAAAAAUAUUACAUAUGUACAGUUAGUUCUGGGUAUGCACCAGUUUUUUUUUUUUUUUAGUGAUCACUUAAGGCCUGUCCACCACGAGCGGGCCUGAUCGGCGUGCUCCGGGG